AUGAUCUCCCGCACGCACGUCCUGGGCGUGAUCGGCGGCUCCAGCCUCUUCCACGCCAAGAGCUUCUCGUCCAACCUGGUGGAGCAGGUCGUGGAGACCGAGUUCGGCGCCGUCGUGUGCCAUUUGGGCACCUGGCAGCCACACGCUUCCACCACCGACAGCAGCAGCAGUGCCGAGCAGCCGCAGGACGAGGCGGCGCCCUCGCUGCAGCUCGUGUUCGUGCAGCGUCACCACGCCGACCCGGACGGCGAGUACCGCCAGCCGCGCCAGAUCAACUUCCGCGCCAUCGCCAUGGCGCUAAAGACGCUACGCUGUGAGGCCGUGGUGGGCAUCUACUCGGUCGGCUCCAUGACGGCGCAGAUCGGCGUGGGCCGCUUCGUGGUGCCCGAGGACUUCUUCAGCCCCUUCGACAUCAUGCACCUGUCCAAGGACUACGACGCGCACGUGGUGCCCGAGCUCCACCCGAAGCUCAAGACGGCGAUCGUGCAGGCGCUGCAAGGCGGUGGCUUCGACCCGCACGACGGCGGCGUCUACGUGCAGACGGCGGGCCCGCGCUUCGAGACCAAGUCCGAGGUGCGCUUCUUCGCGCAGUUCGGCCAGCUCAUCGGCAUGACGGGCGCCAACGAGGCCGAGCUGCUCAACGAGCUGCGCGUGCCCUUCGCCAUGUUCUCCAUCGUGGACAACCUGGCCAACGGCAUCGGCGACCCGCUCACGCUCGAGGCCUUCAAGGCCACGCAGAAGGCAAACGCCGACCUUAUGGAGCGCGCCGUCGUCCACGUGCUGGACGAGCUGACCAGCCGCAAGGUGCUGGCUGCGGUCGCGACCACGCCUUGA